AUGCUCCGUAGAGAACGUGAAACAAAGGAGAAAACAAUAGAACGCCAGGAUGAGAUGCAAGACUUGGAAAGGAGGCUUUCUGAUGCAGAGCGAGGCAGGAGGCUGAUACAGGCGGCUGGGGAUGGGGAGGUGGAGGAGGUGCGGGCGUUGCUCGCGGCUGGGGCGGACGUGGGGGCGAGAAGCGGGGGCGGGCGGACCCCCCUGCACUCGGCUGCACUGAACGGCCACGCGGCUGUGGUGCGGCUGCUGCUCUCUGCGGCGUCCGACGCCAACGCCAGGACUCACUGGGGGCGGACGCCGCUGCACGGUGCGGCAUGCUAUGGCCACGAAGAAGUGGCGGCUGCGUUGCUGCAGGCCGGAGCCGACAAGGGGGCGAGGACCGAAAAUGGGCAGACCCCCCUGGACAUCGCCAGGCGGUACAACCAUCACCAGCUCGUCCAGAUGCUAACAGAGCGUUAA